AUGGCUCAACUCCACUCACUGCAUGUGUCCGUGGGCAUACUGGGCAUCUCCGCCGGUUCUCUCCUGCUUUUGGUGAACAACUAUGCCAGCUCCCCUGAAAAAGACUUCAUCCCCCAUACUGCACUGGGGAUUCUGCUCCUCAUCAUUGCUGCCCUCUUAGUGUAUGCAGGUGUCCGUCGCAGUUUGUCCCAUGCCCAGCUGUUUUCCUGUCUGUGUCUGACUGUCUCUGCUCUGUGGUGUGGCUCAGGUUUAGUGUACAUCCUGGCAGGGCAGGGCGUGCUUAAGUCCACCACAGAACUAAGAUACUCUUUGGUCCCCGGCCUGGCAGCAUUUACAUUAGCCCUGCUCCUCAUAGGCAGUGUCGCACUGCUGGUAAAGAAAGCAGUUCUGUGUCUCAUAGCUGUCUGCAUUAGCUUAGCUUGUGCCCAUCAAAUAGCUGGUCUGUCAGCUGCAGGUUUUGGCCAGUCUGCCACAGCUGCUAACUACCUCCUUGUCUGUCUGGUGGGUGUUUACUUUGGUUUUGGACGUCUGCUGUCCAUCAUCUCUCACGGUAAAGUGGAACCUCCAGGAACUGGUCUGAAAAGAAAAGCUGAGUUGAAAACAGAGCAGAACCAGGGGUGUGGUGAUGCAGUGUCUGUGGGUUUGGUGAUGAACUUGCUGUCUGCCUCUGUGUUAGCCUGUCCUCUGUUAGAUGCGGUCCCUCAGCUCUUCGUCGGUCACGUCCCCUGGCUGUGGACGGCUGGCGUCUUCCAGCUUGGCAUGUGCGUCCUCUUCUACCGAGCCAUGGACACUCUAGCUGCGACUUUUUACGGCUUCACGGCUGUGCUGAAAUUUGCAGAGGGCUAUAGUGCUCUCCUAUCAUUAUAUUCAGUGGAACCCUUCUCCCCAGUUCCCUUCCCUGUUGUCUUCUCUGUGCUUUUCUCCAUCCUGGCUCUGUUUAGUUGCCAGAAGAGCUUGUUGGAGGGGCUCUACCAGUUAUUCUUUGCAGCAUAUUGUAUUGCCAUUGCAGCCCAGCCUCGAGGUUUCUUCCAGGGAGGCACUCAGGGUGUACAGGUAGCUAUAUUUGUAGUCUCUGCCGGCAUGCUUUUAAUUACCACAUUCAAUAUGGUCUCUAGUAAAAUGAUUCCCACAGGGCAGGGCUACUUCAAGGCUGUAGUAACCAGGACGCGGGGUCUCACUCUCAGAGCCCAUGAUAAAGAGCUCCAUGCACCUCACCUGGGCUACUCCAAAUAUGCAGAUGCAGAGGUGUUAGGUCACGCCUGCAGUGUGCUGGCUGCUUUUGCUGUCACAGCCACAGUUGGUGACAGAAAUCCUCUGUCUGUGCUGGUUCUACCCUGGGUGGUGGUGGCUGGUGGGGCACUUCAGCUGCUCUGCGGCUCAGUAGCUUUCUCUCGGGGUAAAACUUUUGAGAGCACAGUUUUUAUUCUGUAUGGGGUGAUGUGGACAGUGUGGGGGUUGACACGAUAUGGAGGCCUGUACGGUGAAACCAGAGGCUUUAAUGUGGCCGUUGGGAUCAUCAGCUUCAUGCUGUUUAACUGUUUAGUGACGGUGGCCGCACUCUUUCUAAAUGUUGCCUGGUUUGCCUAUGCACUCACCUUCCAGCUCAUCCUAAUCAGCUUCCUACUGGAUGCAGUAGGUGCGCUGCCUUAUGGUUAUGACAUAGGAGUCACCAUUAUCUUUGGUCUUGUCAGUUUUUAUUGUUUUUUGGCUCACAUUUUCAACAGCACCUUCCAGUCCCCCCAGAUCCCCUUAGGAAAACCUUUAAUAAAGCUGAAUGGGGUUGGAGGAGGGGCAGAUAUCUGUCCACAUCUGCCAGCCCGCAAGGCCUCAUCUGUCCAUCAUAUUGCAGACAUCAUGAAAAAUGGUGGCAUAUGUGGAAUGCCAACAGACACUGUGUAUGUGCUGGUGGCAGCAUGCAACAGGCCCGAUGCAGUUGUCAAAGCUUACAAGGUGAAGAAACAGGCACAGGACCGCCCCAUGUCCCUGUGGAUCUCUUCCAUCAAGCAGCUGGAGCCAGUCAGACACCUGCUGAGCCCUCUGCUCCUGGACUUCAUGGAGGCUGCGUGGCCCUCCUCUAUCAGCUUGGUUAUACCCAGAGGCCCAUGGAUGGACACCUUUGGUUUGGGAGAAGCUUCCAAACAUAUAGGGACUCCACAAAGCAUUGCUAUCAGGAACCCAGACUGCUCUGUGGCCACACACCUCAUAAACCUGGUGGGGCCCAUCGCUGUGACCUCAGCCAACCCUACAGGCGAGGCAGACACAACACACCACAAUCAAGUUUACGCCAAGCUGGGUGACAAGGUGAACGGGGUGUUAUGUGAUGGACCCUCACCAGAGAACAUUGCAUCCACUGUGGUUGACUGCACAAAGAUUGAAACUGGACACAUUGGUUUCUUCAGAGUUGGUCUCAUUCCUAAAUCCAAGGUUCUUCAGAUCUUUGAGGAGGUUCGGAAGCAGCAUAGACAGGGGCAAAUGAAUCCCACUUAUGAAAAUGAUUGGUGUCUGCCAGACACGCAAAUGGACAAACACUCAGGAGAGGACAAUGCAGCAGAGUCAGGAAGAGGAACUGGAAACACAACACCAUAUGAAGCUUCCCCUGAACCAAGUCCAGUCCUUAGAAAUGGGUCAUAGUAUCGAUGCAGUGCUUCAAAAUGCUGCCUGCUGUACAUUAUUAUAUGUUCACAAAUGGCUGUCAAAUGAAACCUCAUAAUCAGGUCUUCUAUUGUGGCCAAACUAAUGUUUUCUUUAUAAUUUUUGUCUGAAUGUUUUGUACAGGAGUCAACUUCAUGUUCAUAUGGAUAAUAAUUUAAAAAACACUAAUGUUAAUGUCACUAUAUGACAAUAAUUUGUGUUUUGCACUACACAUAUCAUUUUUGUAUUUAUACCGUUUGCACUUCUAUGUGGAAAUUGUGAUUUAAAAUAAGAAAUAAUAGAUUUUACAUGUUUUGAGGAUAAAAUUAUAAUAAAUUAUU